AUUGAAUUUAUUCCUAAAACUUAGCAAACGUCACGGUCUCAAUAGAGGAUUUGUGUGCAGAAUUUAAGUAAAAUGGCCGUUCGUGAAGAAUAUUUCAACGCCAAAACGGGGGAAAAUCAUGGAAUAUUUGGCUAUAAAUACUUGAAAUUUCACCGUAUGAGAGACCCGAAAUGGACAGCGGGAGACAAAAUGAUUCAAUAUGUUGGAAUAGCCAAAAUAUAUGAUCGUGACCGCAAGCUACAGACACUGAAAACCAUUAUGGCCCGAAAGAACAAACAACAGUACACCCGAAGGGUGAACAAAAUGCUGAAGGAUGACACAGGUUACUUGCACGUAGCAAAUGUUGGCGAUGUUCAGCGUAUUAAAAAUAUUUUCCAAGGACAUUUUGAAAUACAACGAGCGUAUCAUCCCCUGAUGAUUGAGAACAUAGUCGAGAAAAUUGACCAAAGAACUUUUGCCAAACGAAAGGCACUGGACAGGCUGGUGCACCGUCUCAAGACUUUGAGCGAUUCUUACGAAAAAGAACUGAUCAAGGUCUCAGAAUUGCAGGAUAGAACAAAGUUUACGGAUCCGCAAGAACUGUACGAGGAGAUAGAAGCGAAGAGCUACGAACUUGAGUUGCGACAUUGUGGCACACGCAUCCGUACGGCAGACGCUAUAAAUAGAGCAUAUAAUGAAAUAAUUCGAACCAUGUUGAAGGACUCUAUUUAUUAUGACCCUGUUCUCAGUGCACUUCAAGAAGAUUUAGCAGAACAAAAUCGGUUUAUCAAAAAGACAAGAAAUACGGGUAUUCCUACGAUGAAAAACGUUCAAAGCUUACAGCAACAAUUUGAGGAUAUCGACAGAAAAACAAGCAAAGAACUGACAGAGAGGUUCAAUGCUCUGAUGGAGCAACGAGAGGUUAUCAAUUCAAACAAUAGACGUGUAAAAACACUAGUUCGAAGAGAUAGUGAUUUCGAUGUAAACCCAUCGCGGUACGAUCGAGACACCCGUAGCAUGGCUGAUCUGAAGAUUCAAAUGGAGGAGAUCGAAAAGAUCUUGAAACAAUUGAAAAAUGCAACUUCAUGUGGAAAACCGAAAGAAAUUUAUCCAAGAGUCAAGCAACAAAUACGAGACAGUGAGAAAAUAAGUAAAAUUUUAGGGAAAAGAGCACAUCAACACAAUAUUGCGCAAAUUGAAGCAGAUAUUGCAAGAAUGUGUCACGAUGAUUUAUAUAACGAUUUUACUCCUGAAGAAAUACGCCGAAUCGAUAGCUAUCGAGUUAUAGAAAAAAAGAUUAGUGAUGAAAAGGCAAAACAGAAAGAGCUAUCGGAAGACAUGUCAAAUAUGAAAGAUGCAACAAAUAUGCUCAAGACUGCUUUUCUUCAUAUACUAGACGUUCUCAGAAACGUGGAUAACGGAGUUUUGGAUUUGUCAGCAUCCGAGACUCAAAAUCCAGAUUCAAUUUUGGAUUUACCUAUGUUGGAUUUCAAUCAAGCAAUAAAAUUUCCAUCGUCGUAUCAGUUCGAAGGAGAUUUGCCAUCUUUUAUAUUGAAAGCAAAGAAUAAAAUAUCGAACCUCAUGAAAAUCUAUGACACAGUUGAAUCAAAAUCGGAACAGGAUCAAUUAAAUAUGGAGUAUCAAAGCACAAUUCUGCAAGAGUAUAACAUACAGAAUAUGAAGAGCAUGAAAGAUAUUGGAAAAUCUAUAAUGGAAGGAAUUGUAAUUGAUGAUCCCAACGUGUACAGCCGAAAGCAGAUAAAAGCAAUGAGCACAAGUAUUGUGGAGAAAAACAUGAAGCGCGAUGAUUGAAUGCAAGUAAAAUGCUUAAGAUGAGACAAAAUACAAAUUUUCGGUUCGAGUGCCAGUUCGAUUUUCGCAGUAUAAACGAUGCACUAAGGUGUAUUUCAGCCCAAAUCCUGACCAAAAGUCAAAAACCAAAAUCUUAGAAAUUGCCAUAAUAUUGUUUUGUUUUUGUACUCUAAAAUAGUGAUACCUUGGAGUUUUUGAAACGCAAAAAUUGGUUCUAGGUUGAAUAGAAUCGAAAAACAUUCGAAAAUGACUGAAAUUUUUUAGAAAUCGAUAUAUUUUAUCUUAUAACCGCUGUAUCUCAGAAACGGUAGCACUUCGAAAAAAAAAAUACUGUACACCUUUUUCAUUUGAAAUUUUACGUUCUUUCAUGAAAUCAAGUCGAUAACAACGUAAAAAAAAACAUUUCGAC